AAGUAUAACAUUUCUUAUGGAAUAUUUAUAUCUGAGAAUUUAACUUUAAACGAGGGCUAUUUUAAAAAGUUGUUUUGCAACUUGAAAAAUUAUUAUCGUCAAAAUAUCGAUACGCACAUCGGCAUAAGGCAGAAAUUUCGCAACGUCAUCGAUACUUGGUGCCAGCGCUAAUGUCGUUCCAUCCCUAAAGCUAGUCCUCGGAACUGCCUUAAAAGUAUAAACAAAACACAAUACUUUAAUCUAGUGGCUUUUCCCAGCUCCCCUACGGAGCUACACAUUUAAACGAACCUGUCACUCCACACGGCGCCGAAAUGGAAUCUUCCAGCGCUCGGACAUCGGAGAACUCUUUGGGGGAUUGCGGGAACACAGCCCAAGUGCAAAAGGGAAUCUACCAUGAACGACAGACUCGACACCUUUGUGGCCUCCACGCCCUGAACAACCUCUUCCAGGGCCCCGAAAUGUUCAAAAAAUCGGAGCUGGACGACUAUUGCACCACGCUGACCCCGCGAAAUUGGCUAAACCCCCAUCGGUCGUGGAUCGGAUGGGGCAACUACGAUGUCAAUGUGAUUAUGUACGCCCUGCAGCAAAAAAACUGCGAAGCAGUAUGGUUCGACCGCCGGCGGGAUCCGCAUUGCCUCAAUCUCAACGCCAUCUUCGGGUUCAUCCUCAACGUUCCGGCGCAGAUGAGCCUGGGCUACUACAUCCCAUUACCCUUUCAGAUGCGCCACUGGCUGGCCCUCCGACGCAUCGAUGAAAAGUACUACAAUCUAGACUCCAAGCUACGGGAGCCCAGAUGUCUGGGUUCCGAAGAGGAGUUCAUCCAGUUCCUGGGCAGCCAGUUGCAAAUGGAGCACGAGCUAAUCUUGGUUCUGAGUGAGGAGAAGGACUCCACCGAGAAGAGCGAACAACGUUGGCUGCUCCCGCAGUUUAGGGAUUAAGGUUAUGGUUAUGCAAAUAAAGUUUCCGUGAUGGUAUUAAAAAAUUCCGGUUAUUUAAUCACUCAUUUAGACAACCGAAGAGUGCCCUAAAAUAUAAGCAAUUUCUUAAUGAUCACAUUUAAAGUUUUCUUUGAGAUUGCAAAUGGUUUUUUAAUAGUAAUAAAAUUCCAUGGAAAUCCUACCAGUAGUUAUUACUUUAAAAGAUUAAUUUUUGUCAAUAAUAAUUUGUAUUUAAAGCUUCUAUUAACCAAUCAUAUUAUAUGACAGAUUGUAUUUUCGAAAAGAACUUAAAUCCAAACGUAACCGCGCUACAGGUUCUAUUGCAUUCAUAGAAAGUUAAGAACAACUCGCUUAAAUGCAAUUUUAGAAGUGCAUUUUCCUCAAAACGCUAGAUGUCGAUUAUCAAAGUGGUUUUGUUUCGUGCGAAUAAUGAAUGUGUUUUGAUGCAACUUGAUGACAGUUUGCGAUUAGAGCCCCACCAUUAUUCGGGCGUAUUUAUUAAAUUUCACUCAGGCAAUGUGCAAAGCUGGCGAACAAAGUGCAAUGCACUGGCAAUUAUUCGGGUCUUAUCAGCGGAACAACUUCAAUUUUGGAGCCCCCAAACCGUCGGUCAAGUGUUCUAUAGGGACCGUCCGUAUGCAUAUUAUACUACAAAUGUCGGCUGUUGUUCGGCGAAUUAUUUGCGGUUGUCUGCGAUAAUACAACACGCAAGGCAACCGGCGGUUGUGAGAUUAGCGCAAGUAAGUGCCACACCAGGCUAUAGCUGUAUUCCAGCUAUAUAUAUUCCUCGUAUGUGGCCCGACUUUUGGGACUGUCGUGGUCUGACUCACUGCCGAUACCCAGUUGGAAUUAAGCAUAAGCGCCAUUAGUCAGCGACUAAUAGACCGCCGAGCGAUCUGUUAUCUUUAUAACGUACGCUUUUCCUAUGAGCUUUACAAGUGGAGGACGAAACUUAAAUGUUAUUUUAAAUAUUCGAAAUAUUUAAAUGAUGAGUUGUGAAGAAAUUCAUAUACAUAAAUCGGAAUACGUCCCUUAAGCCUUCAAACAAAACAGUGGAAGCAGCUGAAAUUUGGCUCACACUGUUUAGCAAGAAGAAUGAGAGGUGCUAAUUAGAUAUUUAACAAAUUGCACUGGAAGCGAACCGCGAACCGGCUCCCCCCUAAAGUGGAGUACCACCUGACUAGGCAAAACUCCUCAUUCUCAUUCCUACCUGGUGCGUGAAGCACGUGCGUUUUUUCAUUCUCUCUUUUUCUGUUUUAUGGCAUUUGCGUUUUUUCUGCUUUUUCUGCUUUUCACUGCCAUUGGGCAAUCGGCGCGAUAAACAAUUGAAAUGACCGACCGCGUUUGCAAGCAGCGGGGAAAACACUAUAGAAACGGGUUUACGGAUCGGUUUUUGGGUUUUUGGGACUGUUGUUCCUAGAAGUUACAUAUUUUGUCAAUCUCAGGAUUCUAGCGGUGCGUAAGAAGAAGCAUAAGCUUUGGGGGCGUGGAGAAGAUGGAGAAAUGGAGGGAGCAGAGCGGCCGGCGAUUAUGUACAUUUCUCGAUACAUGUGUAUGUAUGUAUGUAUGUAUCUCUCUUUGCACUUGAUGUGUGCAUGUGAGCCAUUAAAAUAAUUAACCUGAAAUUUUAUCGCACCAGAGCGCUGAGCUCGAGGGUCGCCUCUUGGCGAUUACGUAUCACAAUAGCUAUAGCUUCAGCAUAAAUGCGGACGAAUAGAAGAACGUGCUCUACACAGCUGCGCCCAGCAAAAUAGUACUCAUAAAUCCCACUUGAAAUAAGUCGUAAUCAGCUAGCUAACCCCUCAUAUAUAAUAUAUCUUUAAUCUAGGAAGGUUUGGAAAAACACAUAGAAGUUUUAAGCAAUAAAUAGGCCUUAUUGAAUUUUAGUUGGCCAUUUCCGCUUUUAUGUUUCGCCUAUGGCCAUAAGAUAUAAGUAUCUUAUUUAAUAAUCAAAAAUGAUAAAAAGUUCUUAAUAAAUUUGUUCAUUUAAAAUUAAAA